AUGGCUAAUACUAGAUCCAACAACGUUGACAAUUCUCAAUCAACCAAUGGUACUACACCAACUGCAACAGCUGCUAAUGCUAAUCCAGCUCCAGCUCCAUCUGAUUCUUCUGCUCCAGCUACUUCCAAUUCUGGUACUGAUACUACCAAUGAUUCAACUUCAACUUCAUCUGCUUCAACUUCAACUUCAGCUCCAGCUAACAACCGUGGUGAUAACCCUCGAGGAAGAGGUAACGCUAGAAGAGGUCGAGGUACAACUUCAAACUCAUCAACCAAUCCUUUAUCCAUUCGCAACAGACGCUUUAACUCACCACCACCACCACCACCACCACCACCUGCUACAGCUCCUUCUGAAGAUGUUCCAAUCACAUCAGAUGGUGAACAUGUUGCUGAAAGUUUCCAACAAUUAAACUUAGAUCAUGGUCAAUCAUCAACCGCUCAAGAUACUUCAACACCAUCAAAUCCAGAUGAAAUAUCUUUGAAAGACCAAAACCAAAUGGUUAUAAGUUAUAUCCAACAAGCAUCUCUUCAUAUUAGAGAGGCUUUUACCUCAGAUGAAAUGCAUAAGUAUUAUCGUAUCAAGGAUAAUACAAAAACCAAAUUAGACAUCAACAGUCAUAUUGAUUCACUUGUUCAAUAUUGUUCAACUUCUGGUCGGUACUCCAUGAAAGAAGCUUAUUUAACUCUGAUGACCACACCAUAUGAUUCAAUUGAUUUUUCUAAAGAAGUUUCUCCUUUUAUGGUUGACAUCCCUGUUCAAAGAAACAAAACCAAUAUGAUCAAAAGUGCUUAUCGUGAAUUAGGAACCAUCAUCAAUUCCCAUAUAUUAGAGCUCGCCUAA